AUGGUCUUCAGCAUCGCCCGCCAUAUCGCGACCCAGUACCCCCAUCUUCUCUGGGGGCCGGCCGUUCCAUGCUCUACAGUCGAAGACACCACUGUGGCACCCGACAUAUCCAUCACCAACUCGGACACCGAUAUCGAGUCUCUUUCCUCGUGCGAGCCUUCAACCACCAUGCCGCCGUUACGUCGUCGGCGCGACAAGCAGGUCUCGUUCCCCGCCGCCCCCCUCGAUAAGGGGUCUCACUACUCUACCUCGGCCCGCUCGUCGCCCACGGCCGUGAGCUCGCUUGAGCUUGACCGUGACCUCGGUCAGAACCCUGCCAGCGAGACACCCCCGCCACUCGCUCAUUUCGCCACCAUCAUCUGCAAGCAUGCUCAGCACCACCCCCAGCCGCGUGCCACCUUGCUUGUCCUCCGCGCCAUCUCCCGCUCGUUUCGAGACGCCGCGGACGCCGCCCUCGUCCACCACAUCGUGAUCGACGAGCAAGGUGUGCGUGCCCCGCAUGGUUGGAUCCCACGACGCGGCUGGGCCAACAUCCCUCGCCUCGUCGCUGCCGUCCGCACAGUGCAUGUAUUGGGUGUACCCCUUCACCUCGUACCCAACAAACGCCCCAGCCGGCGCAUGAGCAUCGACUCGGACACUCCGCCACACCUCCCCGACCUGGUCGCUGGAGUUACACAAGAUGCCGUGGUCGACCCGAGGCUCGGUGUGGAUCUCGCCGCGCUCCUCGCCUCGCUGAAGCCAGCAACCGUGUUCGUUCGCGCUGGUACGGCACUCCCGCGACCUAUUGUGGGCCGUACGCUCGUUGCGUGCCUCGCUGCUGGUACCUCACCGGGAGACGAUACCACCCCGACCACUGCACGUCGCCCCAAGAGAACCAUGGCGGGCACCAAGAAGAAGCCCAAGCCACAGCAGAAGGAACCCUCACGCGUCCCGGCUGUAUGGUAUGGCACGCAAACUGUCAUCCUCGUGUUUCGGUCUGGACGCGGUGCUGUUCCCGUGGCGCCGUUCCACCUUCCCGCGAGCGUGCGCCACGUCGUCGUCGUGUUCGAGGACGGCAACACGACGCUGGCGUCAGGCCAUACGAGAUCGCCGCCACCCAUGCCCGACGACGACAUCGACAUGCUCAAAGCGAAAGCGCGACUCUCGCCGAUGGCCAAGGCCCUCUCCAGGCUCGACACGGCGCUCAUGGCCGCCACGGCCGACAUGUCGCUGUUCUUCCCCUUCCCGCUGCCCCCUCUCCCGCUUUCCGCAUUCAAGCUCCGGCCCCGUUCGUCCCCUUUACUCAACGACACACUCGCCUCCCUCGCCCCCCUGGUGGCGACGCACAUACACGCCAACCCCAAACUGCGGUAUACCAUCGUCAACGCCUGGUCUGCGCAGGAGAUGGGCGCCGGAACGAGUUUCGGCUACGGCGAGUUUUUCGGCGCAGUGGUGAGGUUUGGAUCCGAGGCAGGGUACUGGAAGAUGGGGGAGGGCGUGUACCGCGUCACUCACACGGUGAGGGACAUGGGUAUGGACGAGUACGAGAGGAUCAAGGGGGACGUCUGGGGGUGGUACCAGGGGAAGGCCGAUACGAGCGGAGGUGGGCGAAAGAGCAAGGACACGGGGCCUCGGUGGUGA